UGCGUGCUCGUGUAUAACCUUUAACAGAUCUGUCGGCAUAUGUCGACAAGAAACUGUAAGAUUCGAGAGAAUCACUAAUCACAAAAUAAUGAAGAAAAACGUAGAACAAUUAUCGGAAGGAAAUGACAGUUCACAGUCGCUGAAUCUAACCAUACUGGUUGCUGCACUUAUUGUUAUAACAUUAGUUUUAUAUGUAUUCUGGCGCAAAAGAAAGUCUACAGGCAAUACUAUUCUUUUAACGGGCCUUAGUGAUAGUGGAAAAACAUUGAUCUAUGCAAGAUUAUUAUAUUCCAAAUUUGUCAAGACAUAUACAUCUAUCAAGGAAAAUAUAGGAGCCAUUACAAUUGACUAUCAUUCUUUAAAAAUAGUGGAUAUUCCUGGAGAUGAACGAUUGCGUGGCAAGUAUUUUGACAAAUACAAAUCAUCUGUCAAAGGUCUGGUUUAUAUAAUUGAUGCAGUGACUAUUCAAAAGGAGAUCAGAGAUGUGGCUGAGUAUCUGUACAAUUUAUUAUCAGAGCCUAAUAUACAGAAGAACGUUCCUGUCCUUAUAAUGUGCAACAAGCAAGAUCAAACUACAGCUCAUGGAUGUUAUGUAAUAAAAUCAUUAUUAGAAAAAGAAAUGAAUCUGCUGCGAAUGACGAAGACUAGCCAAUUGGAAGCUACUGAUGCAUCGUCGACAAAUGCCUUCCUUGGGAAACAGGGAAAACACUUCGAAUUCUCACAUUUAGAUUCACAGAUUGAUUUUGUGGAAUCAUAUGCGUCUAGUGAUGAUUCUCAAAUGUCAGCUGACAUUGAAGAGCUUAAGAAGUGGUUAAAUAAAAUCGCAUAAUACAUAUCCGAUCUAAAUAUAAGUUAUUGUUCGUAAGUUUAACUUUAUAAUUAUAU